AUUGAAUCUCAAGAUGAAUCCCUCACCGAUGAAACAUGGCGUGUUUGUUUCCUUAUCCCCGGGCUCUGACUCAUUGGAAUGUGUGGAGAGCAGCAAACCCUUGCAGCCUAUGAGAAAGUGAGGAAUUUGAGAUUUUCCCAGAGAAGAUGAAUGGCAUAAAGUAAACUAAGGAUAAUUAGGAGUGCUGCCUGCAUUGUGCAAUGCACUGAUCUUUAAACAUAUGAAAAGGAUAGGGUCCAAUCUGGCUCAUGGCCAGAUGGCCACGUGAUUACGAGUAUGACUUCAAUCAGAAGGAAAAUGAUUGGAUUCCAUAUUGACCAUGACCUUGCUUUCGACAUCAAUGAGAGAAGUUCACCCAUUUUCUUUGACGGUAUCUUUUCAAUUUCAUCAUUGGUAAUUGAAAAGGUUUGAAUAGCUGUUUUCUUUUCAGCUACCAAGGGCAGGGCUAUUCACUAUUUAAGCAAGUUGGUCAAGGAUUUUUUUUUCACAGAAGCUCCUGAUAAAGUCCUUUUGGCAUUUGAGCUGUUAUAUACACAACUUGACCUAGAAAGAAACGGAGAGAUUUGAUAUAAAGCAGGUGGCUUUGCAAAACCUUUUCCAUACAUGAUUCCAACCUACUGUAUGUUGCAUCAUGUCAAGUGUUUUGUAAGAUAUCUAUUACAAAUACAAUCUCAAAGCGAUUGUUUAAUGUUAUCCCGAAAAGUUCUUUAGAAACACUGUAAAAAUAAACCAAGCUAAUUAUCACAUGACUCACAGAAGGAUGAACUGACGUGCUUCAUUGGUACACCUUUAGAAAACAGGGCUUUGUUCUUCUCCACACAUGCCAUUUAGUCUGUUCCACAGGGCCAUUUUUUGUGUAAUUAUUGUACUGAACUCAGCCAUCAUUAGCUCUAGUAUAAUCAUGCCAUCAAUUGUUAGCAAUUGUUGAUCGUCUGUUAUUACGUAGAAGCAGUAUUAUAUCAAUGGUCUGUCCAUGAGGCAAGAGUCUCUGUAGCUGCUAACUAUAAGGAGGUCAGAUGUGGCUGAAGUUAGGGACUAUCAUAUCAGGAUUCAAGCACAGCCGUCAGACAACACCCUGUUGGGUUUCGUCCCAUCCUCCUGCAUAAGAAAGGCGAACAGGAAGUCAAAUAUGUGAGUAGUGAGAGUCGGCGAGGCGAUGUUUGAAGGUGUUGAAAGCCCUUUGAAAGAUAACUCUGCUUGUCUGGUUGUAACAUUAGGGGAACUGGUGUUACUUAGCUCUGCUGUGGGCUGAUGAGUGGAUUAUUACUGGCCGUUUGUAACUGUUGGAAAUCUCUGCUAACUGCCUCUUCCCUGCCUGGACAUGCUCCUUGGCAUCAUUCCUCCUCCCCCUUCUUCUUCACCUCCCCUGAGGGAUAUUUCCACCUGCAUGCAAUGCAUGCUGGGUAGACAGUGUGUUUGCACUGGAGUGCCUCUGGGUGGCUGACCCCCUCUCGCCCUUCAUCACGCCUCCUCUUCCUCCUCUAUCAUACUCAGGCCUCAGUCUCCGCCCCACAUACAAGAUCUCCUUCUACACUUCAGUUCCAUUCAGUAUUCUGCUCCUCCUAUCCCUCACUCCCUCUUUUUUUUUCAUCACAGAUUCUAGAACUGACACACCAGACAAUCCAAAAACAUCAGGACCUGCGCCAUUGCUUCGCAUCAAAUUUCGGCACAUCACUCCAUAGCUAUCUCAAGCCACCCUCAAGUCCAAAAUAGUGGAAAGUAAUUUGGUGUGUGUGCUCAGUUCCCGGCAGGAUUUGUGUUUUUGCAGUUUGUGACUUCUCGGGACCUAGGGCUCAUUUUCGGGACCUAGGGCUCAUUUUCGGGACCUUAUAAUGUUUUCAAAAGCCUCAAGGACCCAACUGGUUGUCUCAAUAUUAUAGAGGAGCUUGUGACAGUAGGCGAUAAGAAGUUAUGUUGUAGGUUUAAUUCAUGGGACUAAUGACAGUUUUUGGCAAUCAAGAAGGUAGAGUUAAUGUAGACCUACUGUACGUCCCGUUUGAGAACCAGGUAAAGGGCACAGAGGGUGAGGGGUACCUGUGGACAGCUAUGUGUUUGUGUCUGUCUUCAUGUUGUGUGUCUGAAUCAUUGUGUUUCCUUGUCUUUAGUCUUGCCUGGAUCACCUGUCAGUCAGUGUCUUCCUCAUCUACGACAGGUCUCCAGUAACCCAUCCAUGCCCCUCCCUCAACCCCCUCCCACGAAUCCUAACCUCCAUGGUUAAAGCGCACUACUGCUUUGAUGUACAGUAGACAGCUGAACAUGGUAAAAUACAUACCUGUUUGAUGUCUCUAAACCACCUAGUACUAGACCCAUUGCUCCUGCCUUGACUAUCUGUAAUCUCAAUUCUCAUCCUCCUAAUUGCCUGUAAGAGCAUGCACCGGUCUCUCUCUCCCCCUUGCUAAAGACUCCCCUGCCCUUGCACUUGUCUGCCCACCUCACCAGUAUCAUGCAAACACACGCCAGUGUUUGCCUACCUACCGCGGAGUGGUCUCUCUCUCCCAGAGAAUGAGGAGCAGAGUGAAAUGGUAGGCGAGGUGUCAGGUUGCCUGCCCAUGGAGCUGCCUUACUAACCCAGCUGCUUUAGUGGGCGAUAUCACAAUUUCCCUUUGUUGACAGUUGUGCCAAGCAGAUGUUACCAGUGGGGGGCGCUAUACAUGUGUUACCCUUUAAAACUAUCCUCAAAUUAGUGUCCUCAAGUUUUUCCCUUCCACAGUGAGAUAAAGUGAGAAAUGAAAUGGCUUCAUUUAGUUUACGGAUCAAGUAUUUCAAAUUCCAAACUGUUUAUAGAUCAUUGGCAUAUGAAAGAGUGGUGCAUGUAUGCAAUCUUCUAUUUUGAACAUAGUUCCCCUUGUGUUGUUAAUCUGAGGCACCAGAUUUUGACUUCAGCCUUCAAAGCACACUAUCCUUAAUCUGCCCCCAACUUGAAACUGUCAUUCCCUCGGAAACAUCUGGAAAUACAUCCCAGCAAUUCAGCCAAUGCAAUCUAUUAAUCCUGCAUGAAGAGGGUAAAUGCGUGAAGAGGGUAAAUGCGUUUUGAAGGCCAGUGUCCUCAGUGUGUACCUAAUGACCUGCACAGAAUGCCCAUUUAUGUAAACCCCUUGUGAGGCAAGUCUGUGUGUCUGUGUGUGUGUCUGUGUACAUGGCUGUCUGCGUUCAAAUAGAGAUCCAGUAGUAUUGAAGUUAGAUGUCUGUAACUAUGUCAGAUGAGUUAAUGUCACUUAUACCCAAGGAUGGCCAGUUGAAACACAAUUGAGAGGGGUUUCCUACACUCCCAUCUGCUAAAAGGGACUUUGUUGAGGUCUCUCUAGAGCAGGGCUCUUCAACCCAGUUGCUGGAGAGACCCCCUCCUGUAGGUUUUCAAUCCAACUCCUGUUGUAACAAACCUGAUUCAGCUUAUCAACCAGCUAAUAAUUAAAAUCAGGUGUUCUAGAUUAUAAUACUUUAUCCUAGUAAUAGGUUUCAUUGGUUGGAUUCAGAAGUAAUUGAAGAUAGAGGCUUUUGUAUCUGUGUGACUGUGGCCUGUCCUGUCCUUGUACCCAGCCUCAAAGGCACUUCCUCUGUUAACUGUCACUCAAACUGAGAGCAUCUACCACCUGUCUAUCUGUGCUGAUCCUCCCACCUCCCUUGCCAACACUCCACUCCUCGCUCCACACAUCUAGCUAUGAGACACACCAUAGACAGACCCACUAUCACUACAACCUAGGAGCACUUGCUAACCUCCAAAGUUCACCACAGAAAGUGAUGAAGGGUUAAAUGACCGCCUGAGACCACUGUUUCCUGGUCAGAUUGAUGUCCAGGAGAGGAGGUCAGGGUGCUGGAAGUGAGUAGGGGUCAGCCAUCGGUCUACCACCACCAGGCCUGUUGCUGCUAGAUGCCUGCCACCCUCUCUGUCCCCCAACCUGCACCAGCCUGGGCAGCUCCCCCUGGGCAUUGCAUUAAUUCCGUUCUCCCCAGUCCUCAACCCCACCUUCUCCCACAGUCAUUCACUCAAUGUUUUGGCCUCAUGUCAAAGUCAGCUGUGUUUAAAUGUCAAGAUCUGGGGAGCCGUCACUGUUCAUUUUCACUCAUGUUUAAAAGUAAAUUCACAAAUGUUCUGUAGCGUACACUCAUUGAUUAGGCCAUGCUCACUGAGUGUGUUCAUUUUUCUCUCCUUUUUGCUGUUAUAUAUACUCUGUAUAUACUCUGUUUAAUCCUUUUCCCCAACAGAGUUUAUGGCUGAAACUCCCAACACCUUAGAUUGUCUCUGAUUAUAUUAUAUUAGUAUGAUACACUAUACAGUUCCAAAUCAAUGUGUAAUACACUGUGUUAAUUGCGUAAGGACUGUGCAUAUCAAGCAUAUAGUGAGGUGGUUCCCUCUGACCCUGGACAUGGUUGAUGAAGCGCUUGUCUUGACGCAGUUAUUUAAUCAUUCCCCAUUCUGCUCAAUCGAUUCCUGCAGUAGCAGCUAGGCAGCUUUCCAUUAAGAGUGAAAUACAACCAGGUAUCACCCCACUCACCCCUGCCAGUCUCUGCGCUUUCUCCAGUGACUCACCCAAAAUCGAUAGUUCAAACAUUCGUUUUUAUCUUAUUAUGAGCAGAUUAUGAGGGUUUUUUUUCCCCGCAGAGGGUUUAUUUCCUCACCUCUGGCACUAAAUCCUGAUAUUGAAAGAUAAGACUUGUGAAUAAUUGUCAUUGAUUUAUUUUCCUACUCUUUCUCCAUUUGUUCCUUGAUGGACAUCCUUGCUUUGGGCUGAGCAAUAUCAAGGCUUUUGGUUUUGCAUGUGAUUGAGGCCAUAUAACCUUACAGGUCUAUUUGUUCUGACAUUAACCCUCUAGUUCAUAUAUACACAGCCCUACAUAUGGAUUUCGGCCCCAGACUGCUGAUGGUUUUCUCUCAAUGCAAUUUAACCUCUUAUGCAGUAGCCCUGUUGAGCAUGCUCCAGUUUCCACCAGCCCCACACAUGUCGCUCUCCCUGCUAGCGCUGCUUCGCCCAAUCAGGCAGCUUCGCCUACUGCUGCUUACCAGUCUCCAGAGCCUGCCCCCGUAGACCCUGAACCCACCCCUGAGAGCUACAGUCUGCAACAGUCUGCCUCCGUCUCCAGCCUAUAUGGCCAGGCUCCCCCCAUGCAAAAAGCCCCUCCCAUGUACCAGGGGCAAUCCAUGUACCAGGGGCUUUGUAUUCAGAAGGGACCUUCCAUGCAGCAGGGACCUUCCAUGUACCAGGGGCCUGCUAUGCUGCAGGGACCUCCCAUGUACCAAGGGCCUCCAAUGCACCAGGGACCACCCAUGUACCAGGGGCCCCCCAUGCACCAGGCCCCGCCUAUGCAGCGACAUCCCAUGCAGCAGCCUCCUCCCAUGCAGCAAAGCUCUAUCCAGAUCCCUGUGGGCCCUCCUCCACCCAAGGUGGUCAGCACAGCCUGCAUUGUGCCAGCUCCAACCCCAGCCACAGCCCCGGCCGCCCCUGAACCCCCCUCCAGCAGGCCACCCUGGAUCACGGACAACUCUUUUGCCAACAAGUUUGACCCCAGCAAGAGCACCAGCACCAGCAUGAAAGUGCCCGCUCUACCUCAGAGUGCCCCACCAGCACCGGCCUAUAUCCCACACCCUGGCUCCGCCCACGCCCUUCCCUCUGCCCCAAGCCCUGCCUAUAAUCCCAGCCCCGCCCCCUACAACCCCGCCCCUGCCCCCUUCCCUCCCAUUGCCCGGGGCGUAGCCCAAAGGGCGGAGCGCUUUGCUGCCAACAGCAGCAGAGCACCCCUCUGUGGUGCUUGCAACAACAUGAUCCGGGGACCCUUCCUGGUGGCCUUGGGUCGCUCCUGGCACCCAGAAGAGUUCAACUGUCACUACUGCCACACAUCGCUGGCAGACUGCAGCUUUGUGGAGGAGCAGAACGCAGUGUACUGUGAGAACUGCUACGGAGAGUUCUUUGCCCCCACCUGUGCACGCUGCAACACCAAGAUCAUGGGGGAGGUGAUGCAUGCUCUGCGACAGACAUGGCACACCACCUGCUUUGUGUGUGCUGCCUGUGGCAAUGCCUUUGGAAACAGCCUAUUCCACAUGGAGGAUGGGGAGCCUUACUGCGAGAAAGAUUACAUUUCACUUUUCAGCACCAAAUGCCAUGGCUGUGACUUCCCAGUAGAAGCGGGAGACAAGUUUAUUGAAGCACUGGGUCAUACCUGGCACGAUACCUGCUUUGUCUGUGCAGUGUGCAAUGUGAACCUGGAGGGCCAGCCCUUCUACUCCAAGAAAGACAAGCCCCUGUGCAAGAAGCACGCUCACGCCAUCAACGUGUAAAUGCUCCAUCUGCAGCCUUAUUGGGUGGUGGGCAGGUACUUACGUAGCUAUGCCCAAGCCUUGGCAAUGAGCUCUGUAGAGGGGGCAUUGAUCCCAGUGUUAAUUAUGAAAAAUACAAGCUGAAAAUGAUAGCGGCAGGAUUGACCGUCAGUCGUGACAAAAUAUUAGUUAGGUUUGGGUUUAUUAAUUUCACUGACAAAUGAAUUCUAAUGUAUAUUUUAUAUCAGAGAAUUCUGAUGUAAACCCUUUGCUAUUCCACUGAGUUCCUAGAGGGCCUCAAUCCAGGGAGGUUGGAGCUACAGCCUACAGACACAUGCAGACUGAGUGGAGUAGCAGGGUUCUUCAGUAAAUAAGAUGCCUUAUUUCACAGCAACACUGUGUGCUUUGUUUUGAAUGUAAAACCCCAAAUAGCGAAACACAGAUAGCUUGCAGUGAAUGUAGUAAGACCGUUUUAGGAUUGUAUACACUAGAUUUAACAUGAUAAUGCCUCACACUGUGAACUGUUACAGUAUAUCAUGACACAUGUAAGCCUACUAAUACUGUUGGAUUUCACAGAGCUAUUAUUAUACAUUAUAGUUUAGUAGGUGAUAUUUAUUGCAACUUUGACCGUUAAAGUAUUUAUUUACAUAGAAUCAAAUGAAAGCAUAACAUCCAUGGAUGUUUAUAUUGCUGAUAAAGCAAAAAAAGUUAUAUUGCCUUUUGUUGACAGCUGCAUGAUACAGAGGUUCAUAGUAUUAUAUGAAGUACAUCACUCAAACUUUUUCAUCCUGGAUUCAUUUGAGAUCCAGUCAAAAAACAAUACAAAGAUAGCAAUAUGUUACAUUAUGAUACAGUAUUAACAUACAUAUUUAGGGAUACAGGUAGAAGAUGAGGAAACCUCUAUUUAUGGGGUAGGGAAGUUAGGAGUUUUGGAAUGUGUCUCAUAAACGUGGAAAUCGAGGAAGUACCCUGGAUCUUUUUACAGCAUGUAAGUGAGACGAGCACUGGCCUGGGGUCUUACAAAUACAUUUUACGCAGCAAAAGUCUAUGCAUCCUCUGUAUGAAGCGCUACAAUUAAACAAGAAUUUAUAGGAAAUAUCUGUCAAGGCCAAAAACAGCCAUUCACAAUCAUUUCGCUCUCACUAGCACACACCUUAAAGGUCAGUUGUGACCUUGUGCUUGUGUACAGAUGCUUAACUGAGUUUAUUUUGUACAUCUGUGUAUUUUCUGUGUUUGUGUAUGUAUGCAUGCAAGAGUUUGUACAUGAUUGUCAGUGCAUGUCUACUGAGGCAACAUCAGUAUUAGUUACUGUAUGUAUUUGUGCCACUGGAAUAGCAAGGUUUAUUUUGAUUUGACAUAACUCUGAGAACACUAGACUAAGUACCUUUGAUAUGCGUAUGUAUGUAGAUCAACGUGUAAGGAAAGCAUAGUCAGUGCCAGUUCAGAAUAAACCUUACAUGGUACCAUUGAGGGAAAUGAAAGAAGACUUGAAUUGUUGCUAAAUAGUUGUUUAAGGAACUCGUUUUUUUAAAGUUCAGCAUAUUGAAACUAGUUAUAUAGUUUCCAACCACUAGAGUGCAACAGAGUGUUGAAACCAUGCUGGCUACUUGGUAUGCCUCACACGCUAGUCACUAUUUAUACAUCGUACACUCACUGUAUGUUCCCUUGGCCCCACCCCAGCAAACACU